UCGGGUAGUUCGAGUCGCUCGCCGAUGCCCUUGAAGACGAAGGUGCAGGGGACAGCUAUGGGAAUGAUGGUGAUUCUACAUCCCCACGUCAAGAGCAAUAAUGUAACCACAAGGGGCAGAAAACGGUUGACAGCUGCAGGUCGGACAUCUCAGAAACUGCUCGCUCACGAGAGAGAGGUUAAAAAGAAGCAAAUGUCAGCUGUGGCCUGUACUCUCUGCACACAUGACGAUACUGCGCAAGAGGAGCAUCUGAGACACUGAGGCAUGUCUCCCUCCAAGAAGAAGGUGGUUAAGACACAACGGCUCUCGACGUACGCUGUGGACCUGAACACCAGAAUCCUCGAGGCGGGAGCUCAUCUGGACGUCGUCUUCGAGACGAAGCAAGGAGUGAUCGGAGCGCACAGGUGCAUUCUGGCCAGUGCGUCUGGGGCUUUGAAGAGUUUGGUGGAGGACAAAACCUCGCCCAUGCCCAUGGACAUGAGCUUACCAGCUCUCAGAGCGUUUCUGAAGCUCGUCUACACGAAGCAGUACGAGAAAGUGUGCAUUCAGGAAAAUGGCUUAGAAGUUCUGGCCGCCUGCGUGAAGUACGAUCUGCCAUCUCUGGUGCGAGUGUGCGUUCCCAUUCUGUGUAAGUCCAUCAACGUCGACAACUGUUUGGCGUAUGCCGAGGCUGCAGCCAUGUACGACGAUGAUCUCUACAGGAUUUCGAGUCGUUUCGUGUGCAAGCACUUCGACGAGGUUGUGAUGACCGAUGCGUAUCAAGACCUGACCUGCCGAAAGCCAAAUCUAGCUGUCGCGUUGGUCAGAGGAACUGUAAAACACAAGUGGUCGAGGUUUUGCUGCGCGAGAUUUUAGAACCGCCCUCUUCCAUCUUUUGUUGCUUGGUCUAAGACUUGGACUCGGGCUCAUAGAGGCAUCAAUCUCUGGUCGUCACAACUCCGCUCUUCUUUAUUCCAGUGUCAUAUGAGCUGGUGUCGUCCUAUUUCAAAGUGUCCAGUGAGUAGGCUUAAUCAUCCAGAAGAUAUUGAAACGAGAGACUCUCUUCAGAUCAUCGUCAGAUACAAUCUGCAGGUUGAGACUUUGCUCCACAAUUCUCAUCUGCUUCCUUCGACUGGCAUUGUACAUAUCAUGUGAUGAGCAUAUGCAGAUCCAAGCGGACGAAUAUCCACAUGUGCUCACCUGCAACAAACGAAUGAUGCAUUGAGAUUCCACAGAGCUCGUCCAAAGACUACUGGUGAUUUACACAAUGGUUCUCCGAAAGUGCUAGACGCCAUGAAUGAUCCGCAGCAGCUUGGACAGCAGGCGUUGCCUCCGCUGGGCGUCAGUCAUUGCUCGAAUAUUUGAUUCAUAUAAUUCUGGACUUCCUGGAGUUUGUGCGUUGGAAAUUUCUCGUUGUUCUUCAGAAAAGUGAUAAUGCUCGCUACACUCGAACUCUGUCGUUUCAUUGUGCACAGUUCUGUGUUUGAAGCUGUGAUUCAGGUGUGUUUGUCAAGUGGUUUGAUACCUGAAACGAUGUGUUGGAUCAAUGAUGGCUCUUGCGGGCUCCAUAUUUCAGUCACGUGUGACUGUGAGAACUUAAACUUCGGCCUCCCACAUUACUUCAGGAAACCUCGGAGGAAUGUAAUGGUUGUAACAGUAGUGGUUCUUUAUGGGAUUAGUUACAUGUAGGAAAUCAGGUAUUAUCUUGCCUCUCCAUCAUUCAAAGAAAUGAUAACAUUCCUUUUUUACUAAAAUUGGUUGGU